AUGUCAGUCGACCGAUUAUUCGAUGUUAAAAAUUCCUUCUUCCUUGGACAUUACCAACAGUGUAUACUGGAAGCUCAGAAACUCAUCACUAAAGUUGAAGAGGAAAAACUGGCCAAGGAUAUUUUCACUUACCGGUCAUACAUUGCGCAAGGAAAAGCAUCUGUUGUUCUAAGUGAAAUCCCUGAGCGAAUUGACAACCCGUCAUUGAAGGCCGUGCGACGUUUGGCCGAAUAUCAAAAUGCAGCCAACAAAAAACGCAUUGCCGAUCAAAUACAGACUGAAGUUUCUGAUGGUACUGCAGCGACUGACGAUACGUCAUGUAUCGUCGCUGCUCUUAUUUUGAAUGAAGAGGGA